AUGGUUGACGACGAGACGCUCGACUUCAGCACGUCGGACGACGUGCAGAUCGUCGAGUCCUUCGAUGCCAUGGGGCUCAAGGACGAGCUGCUCCGCGGCAUCUACGCGUACGGCUUUGAGAAGCCGUCCGCCAUCCAGCAGCGCGCCAUCAUGCCCAUCCUCAAGGGCCGCGACACCAUCGCGCAGGCGCAGUCGGGCACCGGCAAGACGACCAUCUUUUCGGCGCGGCGGCCGCGCGCGGCAUGCGACCACGGAGGACGCGCGGCAUGA